AUGGCAAGCGAUCCACAACUCGGCCGUUUUCUUCAACAACUUCAGGCUGAAACUCAAAGGCAAAAGUUUACUGAACAGGUUCACACGUUGACUGGCCGCUGUUGGGACAUAUGUUUCACCGAUUAUCGCCCUCCUAGCAAAUUGGAUGGAAAGACUCAAACGUGUGUGCAGAAUUGUGUCAACCGCAUGAUCGAUGCAUCGAAUUUUAUGGUGGAGCACUUGCAAAAGAUGGAACACACAGGAGCGCACUUA